CUACAUCAUGAAUCGAGUCUACAUAUAAUCCACAAGAGUGUCUCACCAAGAUGGGAAAGUUUUUCCAGCUUGUUGAGUCGGAUCCAAACACGGCAGUGAGAUUCUUCCAUUGUGACUGUUAAUGAAAAGACAGAUUUGAGGCCAUUGUGUUCUGGGUGAAAUGGCUAACAUUUUGCUCUGAAUUCAGUUUGUUUGCAGAUUUCUUUGCUAAAGUCUAAAGUCUAGUUUCGGAAAAUCUGAUGUGCUCUUGAGCCUAUUUGUGGGCCUGCUAUAAAUAGGGCCCCUCUGGCAACACAUGCAUGUCUAUGAUAGGAGGUUACAGAGAAUUUCUUCACAGACUCUGGCUCCAAAGUAACACUGACAACAUCUUAAUGGAGCUCCUGCAUGGACAGCAACAUUUAAUCUGAGCCUUGAUCUUGGAAAGCUGUGGAUGUGAAAGCAGAGUGGUUUUGUAGCCUGGGUGAUUUAUCUCAGCUAUCUCGGAUUGUACGUUUUUGGUGCGCUACCUCAGUGGACAAUGACUUCCAGAAGGCCGAUGACUCGAUCUUUUUCUAGCAAUGGGAGGACAAGCAGCUUCAGUGAAGACGAGGCUCCAUCUUUCAAUGGCCGCAAUACUUACCUCUCAAAUGUCCGGCCUGAAAACAGCUAUUCAAGGUAUUCUCACUACAGGCCGGCGAGGAGCACGUUGUGCAGUGUCAUGGCUCAGCUGACUGAGGACAUACAGCCAUCUUUCGAGACCACCUUGAAGUCAAAGGCAGUCUCAGAGAACUGCAAUGUGAAGUUCACCUGUGUGGUAACAGGUUACCCAGCUCCAGAACUAAAGUGGUAUAAAGACGAUAUGGAAAUGGAUCGCUACUGUGGACUCCCGAAAUAUGAAAUUCGUCGAAAUGGAAAAACUCAUACCCUUCAUAUUUACAACUGCACAGUAGACGAUGCAGCCAUCUACCAAGUCUCAGCCAGCAAUAGCAAAGGUAUUGUCUCCUGCUCUGGUGUUUUGGAAGUUGGCACCAUGAAUGAGUACAAAAUCCACCAGCGGUUCUUUGCUAAGCUGAAACAAAAAGCAGAGAAGAAGAGAAAAGAUGCAGAGGAGCAGACCAAGAAGGAGAAUAAAGAAAAUGUUCAGAAAGCGAAGCCACUGAUUAGUCCAGAACACCCUCAGAGGAAACGGGCUGUCCCACCACCAGAGGAGAGGGAAGUAGUCAAAGAGUGUGAGGCUAUGGAGGAACUGGGAGCUACUGCAGAACCUAAUGGAAUUAGCUCAGAAAAUGAGGAAACAGCUUCUUUGGCGUCCCGGGACAGAGGUCUUGAGGACGAGACAGGUCCAUCAGACGAGACGUUGGCCACUAAGAGAAUAAAGAUGUCAAAUGGUGUAGAUGCUGGAAUUAAUAGCAGCAGAAGCCAUAUGAUGGGAGUUGGAGGUGAAAACUGUUAUGAUGGAGGAAUCAGUUUGGCACAGUUUUUGGCAGAGACUCUUCAGUCCCAGGCUGCGGAGGAAAAACAGAAUUCAUCUCAAGCUGAGAAAGAUAAAGAAGUGGGAGAAGCUGUUUUGUGUGACAAUCAAGAGAAAGAGAAGGAGGAAGAGGAGCUGCAAAAAAAGAGAGAAGAACAAGAAAAAGCUCAAAAGGAGGAAUAUGAAAAAGAGAAAAGAAGAGAGGAAGAACAGGCCAUCAGAAGGGAGAAAGAAAGAGAAAGGCAACCCCAGGUGUCGCAUACAGCAGCCCAUGGCAAACAUGGCCCAGACGUCAAACAUCACAGCAAAGGCCAUAAGGAUCAUGACCACCACCACAUCCAGACUUCCAUCUCCUCUAUGCUCCACUCAGUCAAAGACUUCUUCUUUGGUAAGAGCAAGAAAAGCACUCAUGGUCACACUGACAAUGAAGAGGCUGAUUUUGAGCACUCAGUGGAGGCUCCUGAACCAGAAAUGCCACCAUCAUUUCAGCCGCAAGAACACAGUCCAGACGUGUCCAAACCUCUCACAGAGGAAGCUGUGCCGAUGGAAAUGGAUAAACCCAAAGAGCCUUCAGAAACUACUGUGGCUACAGAACACCAGCCGCCGUCGGUAGAGCCAGAUACAUUUAAAUAUGAAGACCAUGCACGACACUCGGCCCUGCCACCAUCGCAUGAACUGCCACAAGUGGAGUCCACAAGGCCAGGUGUGACAGAAAGUGAGGAUGCCGUGGAAGCCAUGGAGGUGUCUGUGAGGAUGGAGAGCAGCAGCGCAGGUGAAGAAGUGGCACUGCCCGGGCUUCAAUUUGUCACAGAGGCUGACUUUCAAGAUAAAGACUCGGAGGUGGUCUCGGUUAUCAAAGAGGUUCACGUCACUGAGCAAGGGCCAGAUUCACCGCAGCGUAAUCAGCAGGCUGAGAGAGAUGAGUCUGUUCCAGAGGAUGAUAAGUCUGCCUUGCCACAGACCCAAGAUUCAGCUGAUAAAGAAGGGGGCACCCCCACGCCCACCCUCACCAGCUUGGGAGAACGCUGGACUCCCCCUCACAGCAUCGUCUCGGCAGCGGAAAGCCACAGUCCUGGAGAAACGCCCACUGAAACUUUGCAAGAAGAGGGGAAGCAAGGUGAAGUUGACAUGGAGGAGGCUAGUUCUUCUAAUGAGUUACAUGAGGAAGAGAAAGCCGAAGUGAAAUCAAAGAAGCAGGGAUUUUCAGGUAUAAACGGAUCUGAGAUGACUAAAUUGUCAACAUCUUCUCUGGAAAGCCAAAUACAGGCAUGCGAAUCUAAAAAGCCUGAUCAGGUGCUUGCUGAUGUGGAAGCAUUUGGUGCAGAAGCACAUCGUCUAAAAGAGGAGACCGAAUUUACUUCACUGAUUCAGGAAAUGAAUACAGGAUUUCCGCCCACUACACUCCCUGAGAGUUUAGACAAGGCUGACCUAAAAAUGCAACAUAAACCCACUCGUGCUAGGUCACAGGAAAUCACAGAAGUCAGCGAUGUUAGUGCUACACAAAGUUCAAGCUCUGGUUUUACAAGAAGCGGGGGAAGAUAUGAGCAAAACAAAGUGGCAAAUUCUAUUUUAGAGAAAGAAGGACAUAAUAAUCUGUGUGACAGUCUAAAAACACAGGAGCAAGUGUGUUUAGAGGUGGAGAGCGCUGAAGUGAAGAAUGAGAUUUUACAGGUUGAAGCAGAGACAGAAAAGCGGACUCCAGUGAACACAGAGGAGCCGAUUCAAUCAAAGAUAACACAAAUGGAGGAACAGAGUAAUACUGCAUAUCAAAACAUGAGUGGGAGUGGCUGGAGUGGUGUGCAUUCAGAGAAUAUUCCAUCAAUCCAGAUAUCUACUAUUGAAGACAUCCCCGAUACUAAACCAAAUGUGCCAGAUCUGAGCCCAAGUGAGCAAUUUCUAAUCCCCAAAAUUGAAAUAAUGGAGGCUGAGCUCAAAGAGUCUACUUUGCCACUAAGUAUUUUGGCCCUAGACAAGCCAGAGUCAAGUAAUUUGCAAAAACAUGAUGCAACUCCUGCUUCUGACUUGUUGCCCACGCAGAAAGGUAUGCAGAAAGAUUACCACAUUUCACCGACGGAGAAAAUAGAAGUUGCACAAUUAGAUGGCAAGACAGAAAAUACACACGUGGAAGGGAGAGAAGAGCCCCCUCAGAUGAGCUAUGCAUUAAUUCCUGUUAUAAAUGUUUCAUUCACUGACGAUAAGGAGGGUGAUGCAUGUGUAAACAACCAUGUGUCAGACACAGAGCAGUCUGCUGAAACUCCAAAGGGGCCUUUGUUUGUGGUGCCACCAAUUUCUGUCACUUGUCAUGAAAGUGAUCCACCACAAUUCAGCCUGCCCACUUACAGUGAGCCAACAGAAAUGGAAACUUCAGCUGACACGCAAAGCGGAACAAAGAAUGACAGUGACAAAAAUGAGGCUGUGAAGCCUGAAAGUGCUCAAAAUAGAAGACCUAACUUUGAUGAAAGAAGUGUCAAAGAGAACACUCCCACUGUGCUAAAUGAAGCUCUGAAACCAAAAGUCGGUGACAGUGUUUCGUUAUUCAGCAAAACAACAGUGGACGUCCUUGUCCCUGAAAGUUUGAAACCCAAAUCCCUCAAAGAUGCCAAGACAGAGAAUUCAGUGUGCGUUGAAGAUCCCCAGAAAAACAGAUUUUCUGUUGAGAGACUCAGCUCCAAGCCCCCAACAAGUCCAGCUAGUCUCCGCAAAUUAAUAUCCAAAGCUGCUGCAGACUCAGACAACGAGGCUGCGGCAGCUGAAGAUCUAAGCGGAGGGUCUACACCAACAUCAUCCCUUUCCUGUGAAAGCAGUCCCCGAAUGAAACGCAGAGACAGUCUAACUCUCAUACGCUCUGCCACGCCUGAGGAGUUGGCCUCUGGAGCUCGUCGCAAAAUCUUCAUCCCAAAACCUAAAGAAGACAUAGAUGGGACACUAGCACUAGAUACUCAAGGGAAGAGGGAGUCCCCUUACAUGUCACCCAGCCAGGCCCGCAGGGCAUCGUUACUGCAGGCUCAAAAAACCCCACCAAUCGAGAGACGCUCCCCGCUGCUGAAUCGCCGAAAGUCCACCUUGGAGGUGCCCAAAGUGGUGGGGGAGACUCCCACAGAAGAGACGGCCAGCACCAAACGAGAGGAGAAACCUGCUGAAAAAAAGAUAGACCCUUUGAAAGCUCCGCAGGUUAUCCGUAAGAUGCGUGGAGAGCCAUUCCCAGACGCCUCUGGACACCUGAAGCUUUGGUGCCAGUUCUUCAACGUGCUCGGUGACUCCACCAUUAAGUGGUACAGAGAUGAGGAGGAAAUCCUAGAGGUGAAAAGAAGUGGAGGAGAUGAAAGCCAAGUAGCACUGGCAAUUGUUCUCGCGUCCAAACAAGACUGUGGUGUAUACGGCUGCACGAUCACUAAUGAAUACGGGACAGACAGUACUGACUUCCUCCUCAGUAUAGACAUUAUGUCUGAAAUACUGCUAAAAGAUGAUUUGGAAGUUGGAGAAGAGAUAGAGAUGACCCCGCUCCUGUUCAGCAAAGGCUUGGUCGACUCUGGCACUUGGGGUGACAAGUACUUUGGUCGGAUCAUGACAGAGAGGUUGCACCUUGGGGAGGGCUGCGCGCACAAAGCCAGCCAGGUUAAGGUCAUCUAUGGGCUGGAUCCUGUCUUUGAGUCCGGAAGCACUUGCAUUAUUAAAGUUCGAAGCCCCAUCCCUUAUGGGACCAAACAGGAGAGCAACCUUGCAGAGAGAAAUCUAGAAAUUACUAAGCAUGAAUGCAAAGUCCAAAACAUGAUUCGAGAAUACUGCAAAAUCUUCUCAGCUGAAGCAAGAGUUAUUGAAAACUUUGGGCCUUCACUAGAAGUGAUUCCUCGCUAUUUGAUGUACCGGCCAGCAAAUUCUGUGCCGUAUGCCACAGUGGAGGCUGAGCUUACUGGUUUAUUCCUUAAGUAUUGCACGAUGGAUGCUAAAGGGAAACUGGUUAUGCAAAAGAUUUCCGAGAUAGAGCAGAAAUGCUGCAGCUUCCAGCACUGGAUCCAUCAGUGGACACAUGGCAAUUUGUUGGUCACUCAGCUCGAGGGUGUUGAAACAAAGAUUACAAACGUGAGAGUUGUCACCAAGUCAAAAGGAUACCAAGGAUUAACUGAGUGUGGCUCACCUGAGGUGUUCAACCAGUUCCUGACAGUCCAUCAGUGCAACUACUACUGCGGGCUCCUUGGCCUGCGCCCGCUUAAGGCUAUGGAUAGUCUGCAGCAGCCCGCCAAAGCGAAGGGCUCAAAAAGCCCUCUGCUCAACCGCAAAGCGGGGUCUACCAGCCCACAGCCCCAGCGAAAAGGACACAGCCCUCAAAUUGCUAGAAAAGCUAAUUCUAGCCCAAAGGUGACUAGAAAGGGUCAGGAGACAGAGGACAAUAAAUCAAGUGCAAAACCAAAGCCAGCAGAAAUUACUGAUGCCACUGUUGAAACAAGGUAGGAGAAGGGGCUCUUGUUCUAGCAAUAUCUCAUUGCUUUCAUUGGUUUAGUAUUAAGUGUUACUUUCCAGUUAUCAAAGGCGGCACGAGAAAAAGAGUCAUUUGUCAGCUUGACGUGGUAAAAACUUAUUGUGAAUAUCUACCCCUGUGAGGAGACGUCCAUCCUCAGCGUAGUUAAAAGGUUUGCGAGAAUGUUUGGCAUGACGGGCACAGCGAUUUUUAAACCUCAUAGUCUUCUUUUCUACUUUUACAGAAGAGGAAUCACUGAACUGACAUAGCUUUUCUAAAAAUCUUUGAACACCUGCCUCAGAGUAUUAUCAGCUCUAUGAGUGGACAAACAACUCUCCAAGCAAUAUUUGCCAAAUGAGCCAACAGGAGAUGUCAGCAUUAAGGUGUUUUCAUUUAAAUGUCGUGUAUAAAAUGUACAUGGCCACGAUGCAUGUAUGUUUCACUCGCUAUCUAGAAUGUAUUAUAAGUAUUAUACGUAGAUGCUGCAUGUUCACGUCAUGUACAGAAUGUGUAUCGAGUAAAAGGUGCGCUCAUUUCUGGGUUAAUAUUUAUUGCUAGUAUUUAAACUUUCUUCACAGCAAAGUUGAGCUCAUGCUGUGGAUUAACAGCACCAUUUUUAGAUAAAAAAUGUUUGUGUGCACUUUGUUUUUGGCUUUUUUUUAGUUAUUGUGACUGAUUGUUGUUUUUCCAGUCCCUUUCCAGUAUUUUCACAUUUUAGAUGGCAAAACUGUAUUUUAUCUCAAAGAAAAGAGCUGUUUUGGGAGUGUACCGCUGGUCAGUAGUAGGCAGAAACUUCAUUAACAUAACCUUUUUAUUCUUAUAUUGUGUGAGGCCCGCAGGUACAUUAGGAGAUGAUAAGGAUGAAAAGCCGCUCAGUUAUCACAUUAACUUUGUAUUCUUGGUUAAAGUCCAACAGAGGUCAGUUCUCUCCUACAAAUAACACUGAACCUGUGUGAAAAGAAAGCUUUGGGAAUUUGUGUCUUGAUUAAUGAUUAAUAAGGAUAUUCAGAAGAGUCCAAACUAGUACAGCUGCUGUCAGCUGCUGUCACUUGUGUAUUCACUAACUGCAUGAAGCCUUAUAAAUGAAGGAAAAGAAAACAUGGAAAUAUUUGAAAUUGAAUAUUUGAGAAAACAAAAUAAUAAUGAAUAAUGUGUACAUAAAUAAAUGGAGUAAAUAUCCAAAGUAACAUGAAGAACAAUAAUAAAUGAGUGAGGGUGCGUGUGAAUGACUGAGUGAAUGAAUAAAUGUGUCUUUGGUAUGUCACACUGUGUCUGCUUUUCUAAAGAAAUAAAUAUGUAAAACAA